CCGGGAGGGAAGGGGGCGGCCUCCCUCCGUCGGUCCCUGCCCGCCCCCGGCCAUGGAGUCCUCGCCCAAGGCGUCCAAGCUGCUCCAAGUCCUGGCCGCCCAACUCGACGUCAACUGCAGCCUGCUGCCCCUGCUCGGGCACGGCAUCCUUCUGGGCCCCGACGACCCCGCCUGCAACGCCAGCACCGACCAGAUCGGAACCUGCUGGCCCCGGACCCCGGCCGGCCUGCGCGUGGAGAGGCCGUGUCCCGAGGUCUUCAACGGGAUCAAGUACAUCACCACCCGCAACGUGUACCGGGAGUGUCUCGAGAAUGGCACUUGGGCCCCUCGGAUCAACUAUUCCCUGUGCGAGCCGAUCCUCAGCGAUAAGAGGAAGUACAACGUCCACUACAAGGUUGCCCUCAUCAUCAACUACCUGGGCCACUGCGUGUCCGUGGGGGCCCUGAUCGCCGCCUUUGCCCUGUUCCUGUGCCUGCGGAGCAUCCGCUGUCUCCGCAAUGUCAUUCACUGGAACCUGAUCGCCACGUUCAUCCUGCGCAACGCCACGUGGUUCCUGCUGCAGCUGAUCGACCACCGCGUCCACGAGAGCAACGAGCUCUGGUGCUGCUGUCUCACCACCGUCUUCAACUACUUUGUGGUGACCAACUUCUUCUGGAUGUUUGUGGAAGGCUGCUACCUGCACACUGCCAUCGUCAUGACCUACUCCACCGACAAGCUCAAGAAGUGGAUUUUCCUCUUCAUAGGCUGGUGUCUGCCGCUGCCCAUCAUCAUAGCCUGGGCCAUCAGCAAGCGCCUCUACGAGGAUGAGCAGUGCUGGUUCGGGAAGGAGCCAGGGAAGUAUGUCGACUACAUCUACCAAGGCCCUGUCAUCCUGGUUCUCCUUAUCAAUUUCAUCUUUCUAUUCAAUAUAGUGAGGAUCUUGAUGACGAAGCUGAGAGCUUCCACCGCAUCUGAGACUAUCCAGUACCGGAAGGCUGUGAAAGCCACACUGGUGCUCCUGCCACUGCUUGGCAUCACCUACAUGCUGUUCUUCGUCAACCCCGGCGACGAUGAUGUGUCCCAGAUCGUCUUCAUCUAUUUCAAUUCCUUCCUGCAGUCGUUCCAGGGAUUCUUCGUGUCCGUCUUCUACUGCUUCCUGAAUGGGGAGGUCCGCUCGGCAGCCCGGAAGCGCUGGCACCGCUGGCAAGACCACCACUCUCUCCGCACCCGCGUCGCCCGGGCCACUUCCCUCCCCACAUCCCCCACCAGGAUCAGCUUCCACAGCAUCAAGCAGACAGCCGCCGUCUGACCAACACUCUCCCGCUGCUGUCCGAACACUCCCCACCAAAUCUGACCGCCACUCCCGCUCCUGACCGUCAAAAAUCAACCUAUUCACAACACAUGAGAGGACAUCCACGCUGGCUUCUCCACUCUACCCUCCUUCUGCCAAUGGACUGCCACACACCCAGGUCAGGAAAGGCCUGGAUACAAACAAGAGGGUUCCAGGGCAACUCCUGAUUGAACAGGUGGGUGGGAAGGCCUUCAGUAUACAGGAUCAGUUUCACCACACCCCUCCCCGGCUUCUCCGUUUCCUAAAGGGACUCAGUCCGCAGAAGGCCGGCGACAGUGUGGCCACUUGGGCGAAUCUGAUGGCGGUGGGGGUAGGCCUGGAUUGGACAGUGAGCCAGGCUGGAGGGGGUGGGGGCGGCUCUGCAGACCUCAUAAGACAGAAACACCUAGUUAUUUCAGGGCCCCUCCAGCCACUCGAUCAUCGAGAAGGGACUGGCCGGCUCCCAGCAGGCCGUGGUACGGUGGCGGCCAGUGGGGGCUGACCACAAGGGGCUGAUCGGUACUUGCAGGACAGCUGGGUUCCAUUGACAUGCACACCCUCCAGACAUGACUCGGGUGCCUCUCCUAUUUAUUAUUAUCAUUAUUAAUAGCAUUUAUU